AUGUUGACUGAUAAGCCUGAAAAGUUUUGUUUGAAAUUAAAGCUUAAAUUAAACUGCAAAUUGAAAGUUCGUUUUGCUUUUUAUGUUGGUGAGAGAGAAGUUGAAGUUGGCAUACGCUGGAAAUAUUAUCCCCAGAAUGCUUACAGGCAUCAAAGUGUUUUAAAACAGAUUAGCUCUGUAGGGUUGCAUAACUCCACAUUGGGCGAAUCACAUAUUUGA